AAUGCAGAGACUAUUUCAGCCAGGGAUUUAAAAAAAAGUGAGUUAAGCUUAACCUUUAACCUCUAACAUAGACUGUAGUUGAAUAUUAUUAAUAGGCUCAUCAAAUAUCUACUAAAUUGUGGUUAUCUUGUAUAAACAGUGUAAAUGAUUUAAAAACGUUGCCUUAUAUACAUCAUCCUUGUUAGAUUGGAUUAGAUUAGACUUUACUGAUUCCACAACGGAAGAUUUACUGGUCGAAGCAGCAACAGCAAGAAAAAAUGUGCAUGCAUAAAGAUAAUGCAAAAGACCAACAUUAUAAAGAAUAUUGUUCAGGUCUGGAUGUUUACUCACUGUUGCACUAAACUCAGAUAAUCCACCUCUACAUCCUCCAAAUUUUGCAGCCUCAGGUGUCCUUUUUUUUUUGCUAUCUGCAAAAUGUAGGUCAAGCGCAACAUGACGCGCAUGCGCAGUGGUGUCUUCCGGGCUGGCGCUGGGACGGGCAGUUCACUGGGGGAAAGGUGAGGACAACAAAACACCAGCACAGCUCCUCUACCUGCUGAAUGAACAGUAUCACCAUUACUUCUGCGGUUGAUGCUUGAAGACAAGUCCAGAUCGCCUGAAGCAGGUACAAGAGCAUGGCAAACCGUUUUAUCAGAGACACAGAUAGAGCGGACCUUUCAGUACCAAGGCCACCUGCCACCUCUGCCCGUCCCAUGUUUAGAGGAGAGCCGAAAAUACUUGGACGCAGUGAAACCCUUUGCAUCUAAUGAGGAGUUUCAAGCUACAGUGGAAACUGUGAGGAAAUUCAAAGAGGGCAUUGGCAGAGAGCUGCACCAGAAACUACAACAGAGAGCAAAAACAAAGAGGAACUGGCUGGAAGAAUGGUGGUUGGACUGUGCAUAUCUGGAGCUCCGUAUCCCUUCUCAGCUUUAUGUGAACUUUGGUGGUCCAGCACCAUACCUGGAGCACUGCUGGCCUCCUGCAGAGGGACUUCAGCUGCAGAGGGCCAGCAUUAGCACAUGGCAUUCAUUACAAUACUGGGACCUGAUCCGCACAGAGAGGCUUCCUCCUCAGAAAGCUGGAACAACACCAUUAGAUAUGGACCAGUUUAAAAUGCUGUUCAGCACCUGCAAAGUGCCUGGAGGAGAGGACACCAUUCGUAACUACUUUAAGACAGAGUCUGAGGGUCCAUGUCCCUCCCAUCUGGUUGUGAUGUGUCGUGGACGGAUUUUUACAUUUGAUGCAGUUUAUGACGGAAAAAUUCUCACUCCUCCAGAACUGUUUAGGUAUUUAUUAAACACUGAGCUUUGUAAAAAGUGCUGUGAGGACCAACAGGAGGGAGAUGGAGUGGCUGCUCUCACCACAGAGGAGAGGACUCGUUGGGCAAAGGCCAGGGAGCAUCUCAUAAGCAUCGAUCCACACAAUAAGACGAUCCUGGAGACUAUUCAGAGUAGCCUGUUCGUCAUAUCUCUGGAUGAAACGAAACCCUACUCCACCCCGGAGAACUACACAAAUAUGACUCUGGAAGCCCUCACAGGCAACCCUACCAUUCGCUGGGGAGACAAAUCAUACAAUUCGAUUAUAUAUGCAGAUGGAACCUGUGGAUCAAACUGUGAUCAUGCACCAUAUGAUGCCAUGGUGCUUGUGUCUCUGUGUUGGUAUGUGGAUCAACAACUCAAAGCUACAGAUGGUGAAUGGAAGGGCUCAGACACAGUCAGAUCCAUGCCCCUUCCUGAAGAGCUGGUGUUCACUGUGGAUGAAAAAGUCCGGAGUGAUAUCAACCAUGCUAAGCAGCAGUACCUGGAGACUACACAGGACCUUCAGAUUGUGUGUUAUGCCUUUACUGCUUUUGGAAAAGCAGCCGUUAAACAGAGGAAGCUGCAUCCUGAUACCUUUGUUCAAAUGGCGAUGCAGUUGGCUUACUACAGAAGCACAAAGAGUAUGAUUAAUAUAUGUAUGCCAGGAUGUUGUUAUGAAACGGCAAUGACUCGUAAAUUCUAUCAUGGAAGGACGGAGACGAUGCGACCCUGCACUCUAGAGGCUUUAAACUGGUGUAAGGCCAUGACUGACCCCACAUGUGAUGCUAAUGCUAAGAGGAAAGCCAUGCUGCUGGCCUUUAAGAAACACAACAAACUGAUGGCUGAAGCCCAGGAAGGAAAAGGUUUUGACAGGCAUCUCCUUGGGCUUUAUCUUACUGCCAAGGAGGAGGGACUUCCUGUUCCAGAUCUGUACAAGGAUCCCCUCUAUACAAAGAGUGGGGGUGGUGGCAACUUUGUGCUGUCAACAAGCCUGGUAGGUUAUACUACUGUUCUGGGGGCUGUUGCUCCCAUGGUGCACCACGGCUAUGGCUUCUUCUAUCGCAUCAGAGAUGACAGGUUUGUCGUUUCCAUCUCAGCAUGGAAAUCCUGCUAUAAGACAGACGCUGCAUCACUUUUCAACAACCUGUCUCACUCUCUACAUCAGAUGCUCCACCUGGCCACCACUGCUCAGCUUUAAGUGCACACAUUGACAGACAUAGAACCCCACUUUUACCUCAUAGCCUGUGUUUGAAUAUUAAUCUGCAAUGACUAACGGUCCACAAAUCUUCAGUCAAUAGUCGCUAGUGAUAGUCAUGUUUGUUCUCUGCACAGAUCAAUGCAAAUGUACAGUAGCGGUACCACCACUGGUUCCACUAGGUUGGGUAUUAAUGCACUAACUUUUUUGUUUUCACAUAAUGCUAAAUUAGUUCUAAUUUGUAAUUUUAAUUGCAUACAUUGUUUGUCUGAUUUUAUUAUGUUAGUAGAAAUUUUAUUGAGCCCAUAAAUUUCGACAGUAUUACUCCAUUUUAAAGCUGACAGGAUGUUAACAAUAGGAGUUUUUGUUCCACAGUAGGAUGUGAUUUUAUCAGAAUCUGAGAUGGCUCUGAUUUUUUUUUUUUUUUUAGGAUUGAGGAUUUAUAUUGAUUGUAAAGGACUAUAAAUGGGCAUUCCAUGUAAACUCUCAAAAUAUAAGAGCCUGAAUGUUAUGAUCAUGAUGUACAGAAAUAUGCAAAACUGCACUCAAAUCUAGCAUGAGCUUUUUAGGAACACGGGUGCCUUUUAAUCAACAAUGCGCAUUGUUUUGUAUUUCUUUAGUACAUCAGGGAAUCUGCUGCACCUUAAAGGUUAUGAGUGCUUUACAGUUUCCUCUAUUGUGUCUAUUGUUUGUUUUUUAUUAGUAACAAACUGCUGUUAACCUUCGCUGAACCUCUAAAAGGCUGUGAAUCUUCCUUUAUCAGUUCUGCAUUUAAAGCCUUACACCAGUCUAUCAUCGGAUUCUGUGAUUGUUCACUUAGAUUUGUAAUUUCUUCCAAAUGAAAAGAAAGCACGAAAUCUGUGUGAGUUGUGGAAAUGUGAUGAAAUGUAGUCCUGAACCCUGUGAAAUAAACAGGUUAUAUUUGAGUCCAGUUAUUUUAAUAAAUGACUUUACAAAGGUUCAGUAAAUAUACAGCUUUAAUAGUUACAUAUAACAAGUUCUCAAAAAGUUAGUUAUUCUCUUCAACUGAUUAAAAACACAUUCCUUAGUGACUGAUCCCAAAGUGCUUGAAUGAAAAAUUAACCAUUUCUGGUUUAAA